GUACCUACAAUGCACCGCGGUAGUUUACGUCUACAGCGAAAGUAAGUUGUUUCUCCAAGAUGGCGUCGUUGGGAAGGAGGCGCGGUGUCCCAGUUAACAGAGAGAGGGGAGUGAUGGCAGCAACAGACUGCUACAUUGUGCAUGAGAUCUACAAUGGUGAGAAUGCCCAGGACCAGUUUGAGUAUGAGCUGGAGCAGGCACUGGAGGCCCAGUAUAAAUACAUUGUCAUUGAGCCCACACGCAUUGGUGAUGAAACAGCCCGCUGGAUUGCUGUGGGCAACUGCCUGCACAAGUCGGCAGUGUUAUCGGGUACCGCUUGCCUUCUGACGCCACUCUCACUGCCACCUGAAUACUCCCGCUAUGUAGCCCUGCCUGCUGGUGCCCUCAGCAUGGCCUGUGCAGCCCUCUAUGGCAUAUCCUGGCAGUUUGAUCCCUGCUGCAAGUACCAGGUGGAGUACGACAGCCAAAAACUCUCCCGGCUGCCCCUUCACACGCUGACGUCCUCCACACCUGUGGUUCUGGUGCGCAGGGACGAUGUCCACAGAAAGAGACUCCAUAACACAAUAGCGCUCGCUGCUCUCGCCUAUUGUGCAAAGAAGAUCUACGAACUUUAUGCCGUAUGAGCGCACUCUGAAGAGGAUUCAUAAAAAGUCAAAUUUAAAGAAAGUAACACUCAGCCCACCUCCAAAACGAAGCCCCCCGUGGAAGCCCCCCGUGGAAGCCCCCCGUGGAAGCCCCCCCGUGGAAGCCCCCCCGUGGAAGCCCCCCCGUGGAAGCCCCCCGUGGAAGCCCCACAGGCCGGACCCUUACUCCCGGACUGUUUGAUGGAUAUAUUGAGGGAUAUAGUAAAAAUGUUUCUCCCUUUUCAAUUUCUUUAUUUGUAAGUAACAUCAGUAGUGCAUUUAUCUCCAUGGUACCCUGGCUCCUCCUCUCCUGACCUAUAAGUAUUUGCCUACAUACACACUUAGUGCCCAAAGGUAGAGGCAAGUCACUCUGGACUGCAUUAUUGCAGUUGAAACGGACAAUAUUUGAAGUAUUCCCAACUUUUUUGUUCCUUCCCUGUAGUUUUUACUGUACCCCUUUCAUGCUGAUCCUUAUUUCACACUUUCAUUAAACAUUAGGAUAUCUCAAA